AUGACUGAUCGCCCCUCUUCAGCUGGCCUGGGGGAAUCGGUGAACUUAGUUGCCCGAAAAGGUUCUGCGUCGGACACGGUUGCUUCUCGACGAAGUUCGGACCGACCCAGAGAGGCUCCAGAGGCCUCGCUGCCUACUGCGUCAAUCGAUGCGGUAGGCGUUCGGCAGACAGUCACCAAACCUCCCAGCGCCAAACUCGCCUUACCUAGCGGCGAUGUGGCGGAUGCCACCACCUCCCUCCGCCAUACUUUCCCUCAUCUAUACCAUUCAUCCAGCGCAUCCCGAUCGCCCUCUACCCGCACUUCGUCCAGCUCAUUACAAGCCCUGAACGAAGAUACCGUGGUCGACGCCCGGUCAGAAAACGGCCUCUGGUCGCGGACGUCUGUCGGACGAAGGAUGUCUCAGUUGGGCUUGUCCGACGCGCAUUCCCCCGACUAUCCCGUGUAUCCAGAUCAGUCCUACGCCGUCCUUCAAUCACAAGUUCACCCCACCUACCAUCCUCCCUUUGUACGCUCCCGCAGUUCCUACCCAGUCCGGACCGAGUCCUUUGGCCGCUUUACCGCACCACGCCCUGUUCGCACAGCCGGAAACACCCCCGUAUCGAGUCCUGGUCUUUUCUCCGUUAGCAGUCCUCGCUCCACGCCACCCCUCACUUCCGAUGACGAAGGUCGCAUCAGCAGUCCUUUCCUACACCCCACUCAUCUACAGCCGCCGAAAGAGACACAUACUGCGGAGGUCGAUCGAGAUCUGGUCACUGGAAACAAACUCAUCAACGACUACGAGAUUUUGGAAGAGCUCGGCCGUGGCGAGCAUGGAAAAGUGAAACUGGGUCGCCAUGUCGCAACUCGCCAGAAAGUUGCCAUCAAGAUUGUCCAGCGGUACUCAAAACGACGUCGUCUGGGCAAGCUGGGUAACCCGGAGGACAAAGUCAAGAAGGAAGUUGCUAUCCUGAAGAAAGCUCGACACCCAAAUGUCGUCAGUCUGCUGGAGGUCAUCGACGACCCCAACCGUCAGAAGGUCUACAUUGUAUUGGAGUAUGUCGAAAACGGAGAGAUCAUUUGGCGCAGGAAAGGGCUCCGCGAGAUCGUGCAGGUUGACAAGCGCCGGCUGGAUCGCGAGAAGGCCGGCGUUCCCGAGACCCCCUUGUUCUGGGAGGAGUCUCGACAAUACGUCAGAACCGCCCAACGUCUUCGCCGCCAGCGCGACAAGGCCCGCGAACGCCGCCAAGCGCAAGCCGUUCAAGCAUCCCAGGGGCCCAUCCCUGCCUGGAGUUUGGAACACGGCGCCGAGUCGGAUGAGGAAUUGGAAAUCGAUCCUAGCUUGGCCCGCACGAUCAGUCGCUCUAUUGCAAGCCACGAUGAGCUCCAAGACUCGCCAAGCCAUUCCUUGGCCUCCGCCUCUGAUUCCGCCUUGGCGGCCAUGGAGGGCACCAUGUAUGGGGCUUAUGCGGACCACUCCUUCGACAGGAGGUUCAGCACCGCAUCGAGCAGCCUAGGCUAUGCCCCCUCCGAACCGGAGUGGUUCUCGCACGAUGACGAUAUGUCCUACGUCCCCUGCUUGACUGUCAACGAGGCGCGAAAUGCCUUCCGUGAUUCCUUGCUUGGUCUGGAAUAUCUUCACUAUCAGGGCAUUAUUCACCGUGAUAUCAAACCCGCCAACCUUCUCGUUACCAGCCAUCACCGCGUUAAGAUCUCCGACUUUGGUGUAUCCUAUCUGGGACGGCCUAUGCGAGACGACGAGGAGGAACAGGUUGCCGAAACCGACGCGACCGAGCUGGACGACGCCCGGGAGUUAUCCAAGACGGUUGGCACCCCGGCUUUCUAUGCCCCCGAAUUGUGCUAUACGGGCGACGACUUUGAAGAAACGAUUGGCUCCGUGCCCAAGAUCACUGGUGCAAUCGACGUAUGGUCACUUGGUGUUACCCUCUACGGAAUGAUCUUCGGUCGAUUGCCAUUCGUGUCCGACGACGAAUACAGUAUGUUCCAGACCAUUGUCAAGAAGGAUGUGUUCAUCCCGCGCAAGCGGUUAAAACCGGUGGAGGACGACCCCGAAGCCGCCACUCAGUGGCCGCGAUAUAUGGACAGCAGCAAGCGCAUGGAGGAUGAGCUUGCCUAUGAGGAGAUCGACGAUGAGCUUUUUGAUCUUUUGAAACGGCUUUUGACCAAGGACCCUGUCAAACGGAUCACGGUCAAGGAAAUCAAGCACCAUCCUUGGGUGCUGUAUGGCUUGCCCAACCCACGGGCGUGGAUUGACGAAACAGACCCGGGCUAUCAAAGCAAGGGUAAGAGGAUUGAAGUCUCGACCGAGGAAGUGACCAGUGCCGUGAGCAAGGUGCCGUUCAUCCAACGGGUCCGAUCCAACGUGGCCAAGUUAUCGAACUAUCUUACCGGACGCUCGAAGGACAAGGAGAAAGAAAGCCGCAAACGAACGUCGAGCACCGCCCCUUCGGUCGAGUCGUCCGCCUCCAGCAGCGCCAGUCUGGGUAAACUGCUUCUGGAGAGUCGUCGCGGCAGUCUCAAGGAGGAAGAUUUCUACCGACCCUCGAGAUUCAUGAGAGACGGAGAGCAUCCGCUGUCGCAGAGUGUCACGGCGAGUCCCGUCGGCCGGGACGAACAGAACUCCUAUUUCGAGGAUGUAAGACCGGAUAUCGCCCUGGACCGCACCCCGCGCCCGGACCCCCAACAGCGCGCAGCGUCCACGUUGUCUACUGCCGAAUCUACAAAGACGAUCCGACCGGACUGGGCGAUUUCUGGGGGCGCCCAGCGAACCGGCGUGUCUGCGCGGAUUGAUCAUCAGGGCACCACCAACAUCGGUGGUCUCUUUGGCGGAGCUGGUCGGCGACUGACGCGAGGUCUCCAGGGCCGGGAAGUGCGCUCGGACCGGUCGCUUGCCGGGGAUGUGCAGGAUGCAGUUUCUCUGGAGAGCGAUCGUCACUCUGAACCUACUCUGGCCCUGAGUGUCGCUUCCGCAGUCGGUCACCUGCAGCAGUCCAGCCUCUUGCGCAAGGAGGAUGAGGAGUCCAUCUCGCGUGCGGACAGCCUUGCCCCAGUGGAACCAGGGCACCGGCGCAACAAAUCUCACCAGCUUACCACCCAAUCCUCUCAGGAGCCGUUUUAUCUUACCAAGGAAAUCCUUUUGCGCAAACGCCGGAGUGACAUUGACCAUGCUUCCUUCAUGGAGCAGGUGGCACUCGAUUACAAGAGCAAGUCCGCGGAUUCGCUAACUCUCCGCCCCGAGUCGCAUCUAGAGAUGGCAAUGGCAUCCUCGAUGGAGACCGCCUCGCCCGAUCCGCCUUCCGGUGGCCUGACCACGUCGCCGCCAUCGGCCGCCACAAUCUCCUCGUCUUCGAUUGAUGACUAUACCAGCGGAAUGUCUCAGUGCGCUUCUCAUCCAAGCAUUCCCUCGGUGGUCUCCGGGGCCUCGUCGCUGUCCGGUGACGGUUUCGUUAAGGACCAGGAUACUGAACCGGGGGUCCAGGUUCCCUCCAUCCUUCGCACUGGCGAGACGGUCAAGGCUCGCUUGCUGAACCCCCCGCGAGCCCACGAAGAUGAUGAAGCCAGGUACUAUUGCGAUGAUGAAGACGAUUCGGAAGAUGAUUCUGAAGAGGAAGUCCUAAUCAUUGGAAAGAAGAAGCCGGCCUCCAAUCGACCAGUGAUGUGUGGAGCCCGCCUGGCAAAGUAA